AUGCAAGACCGGAAGCAUGUAUGGCUGAGGGGUUAUUUGGCAGGAGAAUGCAUAGCUUUCUGUAUGGAGUUCUUGCGUAAGUCUGUACCAGUUCAAGAACCAGUGAACCGCAAUGAAGAUGUUCAUGCUGAUGGAAAUGUUCUCGAAGGUCGGCCAUUGCAAAAGGCUACAAAUGUUACUCUUUCGGAUAGAGAUAAAGACAUAGCACAUCAAUACAUUUUGAUGAAUUUGGCGAUCAUGGAUCCAUAUGUAGAUUGGGCCAAUAGAGGAUACAGACUGAAAGAAGAAGAUGGCUUCACUUUGGUGAACCUUCAUAUGAACCAGUCGCCAUAUAUGAGAGAUCCGUACAUACUCCCAUCACAAGCUAAACAAGUCUUCUAUUCCAGAGAAAAUGAUUCCUCGUCGUGGUAUGUUGUUAUGAGGGCACCUCCAAGGGGAUAUCACGAGUUGGAGACAGAGGAGGAAUUUGUUGGUGCACCAUUAUCAGUUCAGGAAGUUGAUGAUUUGGGAAAUCAAUCUUCUGAUGAUGAGAGUUUCUAUGUUAGGGAUGACUAUGAAGGAGUCAUAGUGCCAGAUUAG